AUGGCACUUUACGAAAUAUAUAAAACAUUUACUAACAAGGAAACAGAAGAAACCAUGAACACUGAAGAUAAAAACGAUGACGGAGAAUUGAACGAAAGAGAGAAUUUAAAUGUUAUAACAGAAAAACCACAAAAAGGGCAAGCUGUUUUAGAUGUGGCAUAUGCAUCUGCAAAUUUAGGACAUGAAGAAAUCAGUGAAAUAGAUAACAUUAUAUUUACUGAUUCAAAAAAUGCAAUCGAAAUUCCGGAAAAUUAUAUUGAAAAAGAUGAUUGUAUUCAAACCUUGAAUUUGGAAGACAUUCCCAUCGUUUUUUACCCUUCGCCAAAUUGUGGCCACAAUGGUCUUUUAAAAGAUGUUCAAAAUACAUUCUCAGACAUCAAAUAUGUCUUUGAAGAAUGGCAAAGAAUACAGAGAAAAAAAGAGCUUCAAAAGAAAACAUUAGAACAAGAUAAGGAAGAGAGAAAGAAAAAGCGGCUAGAAAAAGCAAAUAUGAAGAAGGAAGCAGAAAAGAAUAUGAUCAAAACUAAGCGUCCAGUAGCUCUUCGAAAAAAUAUUGCUGCAAAGGAUAGCAAUAGAAAUAAUAAAAAAGAAGCAGAUAAAAAGAUUAAAUUAUUGUCUAAUAUUAGUAUUUCACCUGAUUCUAAUUUUAAAUGUUUACCUGUUAAAAUUACUGAUAAAGAAGAUGUACUAAAGGUUAAGAAAAAUCUUUUUAACAAAGAAAAAGAUACUGAAGUUGGUAUAGAUAUAAAGAAGAAAACUAACGAUGGUAGUAGUAUACAGCAUAAACAAGUGACAAAUGAAAAAAUUAAAGGGAUUUCUAAUGUAACUUUUCCACCUGUAUUAAUCUCAGUUUCACCUGCUAACGAAGAAAACAAACCGAAUGUUCUUAACGGAGAGACCGAUGCAAAUUUUGAUUCAAAUCAUGUCGAGGCUGUCGAUUUUUUGGAAAAUAAACGAAUCUUUUCUGGACUCCUAUACUUUAUUUGCAGUUUUAAGACAUCUAAAAUCGCACCAGGCAUUAAAUGCAGAUUAUGCGAUCGCGUCUUUCACCCACGUUGGAUAAGAAAGCAUUUUAAUAUGCCUCCAAUAGUGAAGCUUUAUGUCUGCAAGGUUUGUUGUAAAACCAAGCUAUAG